AUGCCAUCAAUCAACACUAACUCAGGAAAACCUCAUGCUGUACCUACAGUUAAGUCAUCUAUGAUAAAUUCAUCGAAUACACCUACUCAUUUGAAGAACAUGAGAGUUGGAAGAGCAUUCUCAGUAUCUAAUGAGCGUUUUCCACUCCAGAAAGAGCACACAUCGUCUAAUUUCCUCGAAGAAUCAAAAUUAGCCCCAGCUUCAUUGAUAACACUUCCAAAGAGGUCUUUCAGCGUUGAAGAAUACAACCGUAGGAAUAGUUUGAUUGCAACCAAGAUCCAUUACAAAGAGAAUUUAGAUCUUAUUUAA